AUGGUGUCACUCUGGGGAACUAGCAAGAACGAAGACGACGACCAGCAGUCAGAAGAUGAGGCUGAUCAAGGCGCAACCUCGUCUCGCAGCCAGCCUCCAAGACCGUCUGAAGAUGUCGAUGAACGGACCAGGUUGCUGCCUCGCCAUGAUCAGGGAGGUGGCUAUCUAAGUCCCGAUGAUCCAGCUGUCUCGCCGUACAACCUGUGGAGCGUUCGAGCUCUACGAUGGUUUGAAGUCCUCUUUCUCAUGGUCACCUGCCUCUGGUGGGUGUUGCUCUUCAUCUCCAUCUUCGUCAGCCCUCCAAAGAUGCAUUCGAGAGGCUCCGGCUUUUUCGACGUCGCAUACACCACCUUGACGAUCGGAAACAUCUUGACUGCGCUCCUCUUCUUCGCAACCCCUUCAGCUGCAAUGAGUAUCCUUAGCAUGGCUAUCUCUGUCCUUCUCCUCAUCGACAUGAUCAUUAUUCUGGCAGUUCCUAGGAUAAGAGUCGAAGAGGGUUGGAUCGGGAUCGCUUCUGUGAUUUGGGCUGCCCUGAUCGGCUUCUACAACGUCGUUACGAACAGAACAGUCAAAUGGGGCAAAGCCGAGGAGGAGGAACGCCUGACUGGUCGCCAGGAGACGCGCCGUACCCUACGGGAAUGGUGCGCUGUCUUUACGGCGACCUUCUUAAUGGCUGUCUUUGUCGUCAUUGCCGUCCUGCUCACUGCGACCCUCGUCCUACGUUCGCGAGAUGCAACACUCCCAGCCCCGGGACAGCGAUAUUUCGUGGAUGGCGACAAAUAUAAGGUCCAUCUGGCAUGUGUCGGCCAGCAGACGUUCACACCUGACGGCAAGGCCAACCCCACAGUUUUGCUUGAGGGAGGAUACAUGCCUGUCGAGUACAGCUUUCAGCCUUGGGUGCAUCAGGCGUACGAGAACGGUACAAUUGAUCGCUACUGCUAUUGGGACCGGCCAGGACUGGCAUGGUCCGACAAUGCACCCUCUCCACACUCUGCCGGAAUGUCUGUGGACGCCCUUUCCGAGGCACUAGCGAUUUCAGGGGAGGACGGCCCCUGGAUUUUGGUCUCCGCCGGGAUUGGCACCAUUUAUAGUCGAGUCUUCUCUGCCAGACAUCCUCGGGCGAUUGCAGGCAUGAUGUUUAUCGACGGACUGCAUGAGGACCUCCUUUACAAAGUCGCAAGCCCAGGGCGAGGAUUUGUCUUAUGGGGCCGUGGUAUCAUAUCACCUCUUGGCCUCGACAGACUGGCCGGUGCUCUCUUCAAGGGGCGCACCAAAGAGGACCGUGUAUACGGGAGAUCAUCAUAUCAAGGGGGCAAGUUCAUCAAGAACAAGGUACAGGAGAAUCUGGUGGCUGAUUCAUUGACGAAAAAUGAAGUUUCCAGUGCCCGAACCAUUCAGGACCCGAACGUGUCCUUGGUUGUCGUGACAUCGGCGAUCCAUCUGCGGCGGGAUAAGGAUUGGGAGCGAAAGCAGGAGGAUUUGACCAAAGUGACGGAGAAUCUGGUGGCAUGGGACAUUGUGAAGGGAGCUCCGCCAGAGGAGAUCUGGAAGUCACUGGAAGGAAGGCAGAUAUUGGAGAAGCGACUGGGUCAAUUGUACAAAGGGACUUGA